AAGUUAGAGUCCACUGUUGCAAUUCUGGUUUGGUUGAUGAGAGUUGAGAGCUUAGGAUCCUCAAAUGACAGAGAAUCCCAAGCAUACGCUGGAAACUGGCUUGGAAUCUGCUGAUAGGCCCUCUAAGAUUGCCAAAACGGAGGAUUUUAGCGACGAAGAGGAGGAGCAGAAGCCUGCAAUUCACGAUCCAUCCAUGAGCCAAAACCCCAGGAUUCAACGCUAUUUGGUGGCAGUUGAAUAUAUUGGGACUCGUUUCUUUGGUUCUCAGAAGCAACCCAAUUGCCGCACAGUCGUCGGUGCCCUAGAGAUUGUAAGAGCUGAACUUCAUAAGAAAAUUGAAGUUGGUCUUUUUUCAUGUGAUAUGGUGGUUAUGUUGAGAAAUGAGAAGGAGAUUGCAAAUAAUUUCAUAUAA